CGCUGGCUGCUUGGCUGGCUGGCGGGCUGGCGGGCGAGGUAGUCGUCUGUCUUUUGUUCCGCGGAGAGAUUUAAAAAAAAUAUAUAUAUAUAUAUAUAUCUGUAAUAAAAUAAAAGACGUAGAACUGCAAUAGAUGAAAAAAAGGGGACGGGAACUUAAACAAACCGACAGACUCAAGACUGUAAGAACUUCCACCCCGUUUCUCUGUAUGUUGCUAGGCGACGCGUGUUAGAGCGCCGCAGACAGACUCCAAGCUGGCGGGGUCUCUAGGGAAGAAGCAGAGUAAGAAGAAGAUGGAGGAGGUGAUGGAGGAGGAAGAGGAGGAGUAUGUGGUGGAGAAGGUGCUGGAUCGCCGAGUGGCGAAGGGCAAGGUGGAAUACCUCCUCAAAUGGAAAGGGUUUUCUGACGAGGACAACACGUGGGAGCCAGAGGAGAACCUGGACUGCCCGGAUCUGAUCGCGGAGUUCCUGCAGUCCCAGAAGACAGCGACCGAGGCCGACAAGACGGAGACUGGGGGCAAGAGGAAAGCAGAGUCUGACACGGAGACUGCCGGAGAGGACAGCAAACCAAAGAAAAAGAAAGAGGAGCAGAGAAAGCCAAGAGGGUUUCCUCACUUUCAACCUUGUUGGAACCGGAAAAACUCAGACGAGGCUGACCUGGUCCCCGCCAAGGAGGCCAAUCUGAAGUGCCCACAGGUGGUCAUCUCGUUCUAUGAGGAGCGGCUGACGUGGCAUUCCUACCCAUCGGAGGAAGAGGAGAAGAAAGAAGAUAAGAACUGAGGGGUGUGGACUCCCUCCUUUACUGCUUUCAGCAGCAGGGCUGGGAAUAAGACUCCUGUUGCAUAGCAGUUGCACAUGUUCCAGGUUUUACUAAGAGCUUCAUUAGCCCCAUCUUCAGAGGUGCAAUUCUUUUUUUUUUUUUUUCUUUUUUUUAAUUGGUGCUGAACUGUUUUUUGAAAGUUUAGCUCCGGAUAGUUACUGGUGCUAAAAUAAUGGAACCUUUCCCACACUGAAACACGAACCUUCUGUCCUGUGUAUGUGGAGGAGUCAGGGCGGAUAAUGUGAGUAGUCCAGACCCAAGAAAUAAAAUACAAAAUAAUAAUUAAUUAAACAUGUCUACUGGCGCCAGAAUUUAAUGAUGGUGCUGGUGCAGUAUGAGGUACCCUGGCGCUAUAACCUAGUGCCAUAGUGGCAAAUUUUCACCCGUGCCCACAGCGUGGAGGUAACGAGCUCAGGUGUGUACCUUAUUAAAAACUAAUAGUAAAAUCAGGACUGGAUCUGCAAGCGGGAGUCUUAUUUCCAGCCCUGCAACAAGAGAUGGACAGUGGUGUGUGUGGGGUGGUUUAUUUUUUAUAUAUAAACAUGGACAGGAGGAGGUUCAGUUGUACAAAAUGUACAGUGAACAGUUUGAAAAGCAAAACAAUUGCAGUAUCCCUUUACUGUUAAACUGAGUGAUUAUGGGGGGUUGACAUACGAAGUUUGAAGGAGCGCAAUAUGAUGAACAAUUGCAAUAUAAUAGGUCUGGUGUCUGUUUUUUUUUUUAAGUAGAUAGAUUCUGUUAGACAAAGCAGAUUAGUCUGUAGUAGCUUCUCUAUGCAGGUUAGCGAAGAUAAUUCAGUGAUGAAAAUGUCUGUCUCAUGUGCGCUCGCAAAGCAAAAUGUUUUUUUUAAUUCUAAUAUAUAUAUAAUUUUUUUUUUUUUUUUUUUUUUUAAUACAUUUUCUUCGGUUACCAUGAGAGUAUUAACCAAACCUCUUAAAACAGGAGGAGAAUCAAGAGUUGAAGUACAAACUGCAGAGAAAGGAGAUUAGGAACAGUGCAAAAUGUUUACAGAACGCCAUCACCUAUACUGCCAUACUCCUCUGCAGGGUGAGGGUAGAGUCCUUUCAUUUAAGUUUUUUUUAUUGCCAUUCCUUUUAAGACAAGCCUUUUAUGGAGCAAGAAUAUAUGCGCCUUGUCCACGGCACAUGCAAUUACACAAUUACAGCUGUUGGCAAGUCGUAUGUAUGCUCAAUAAAAAUAAUUGAAAUUCGUUAGGGGGGGGGG